GAAAGCUUCUUUUCUAUUUGCAGUUAUUACAAAAUACACCUUAUGUGAGUAAAUGAGGCUUCUUGUUCUUAAUAUAUAUCAUUUGAAUAUAUCAGACUGAAUAACAUGACUCAACUGAUAAUAUAAUGAAGUCGAUGAAAUGAAGAUCUGAUACACAGUAAGUAAAUCAGAUUAAGAAGCGUGCUAUUGAAAUCCGUAUCACCGUGAAUUUGGUUUUGUUGCCUACAAUUGUGUUGGCAUUCACUGCCUUUAUCGAUAAUAACUUUUAAACUAAGUGCGUUUUGAAUAUUUUGCCGUUUGAUAAAGACGGGGCGCUCAGAUGAUCAGAAAUGAUUAAUUUAAGUUAUUAUUUAUUACUAUAGUGAUAACAGCAAGAUCACAAUCAACAAGUUUAGUCUAAGGAGAUGGAUUUAUUACACAUUCUACCGAUUUUUCUACUGUGCUGGACUCUAGCAGGAGCUGUGAUCAAUCUGAAAUAUUCUGUGGACGAGGAGCAAAGAGCAGGUACUGUGAUUGCUAAUAUUGCAAAGGAUGCUAAAGAUGCUGGAUUUGUGGUCGAUCUCAGGCAGCCUGCCUUCCGAGUCAUCUCUAAUUCCGCACCUCAUUUGUUGGACAUCAAUCCCGCGGGUCUGCUGGUAACCAAGCAAAAAAUUGACCGGGAUAUAUUUUGCAGACAGGCCCCCAAGUGCGUCGUCUCAUUGGAAGUGAUGUCUAACUCUAUGGAAAUCUGUGUGAUUAAAGUUGAGAUAAAGGACUUAAAUGACAAUGCGCCCAGCUUCCCCACAGACCAUAUAGACCUUGAGAUUUCAGAAACGGCAACCCCGGGCACUAGGAUCCCUCUAGAAGGCGCUAACGACCCCGAUUCCGGGAGCUUUGGGGUACAGACCUAUGAAAUCACCCCGAAUGAUCUGUUUGGACUGGAGAUCAAGACCAGGGGAGACGGGUCCAGGUUUGCAGAGCUAGUUGUAGAGAAAAGCUUAGACAGAGAAAUGCAGUCCCAUUACAGCUACAUGAUCACUGCAUUGGACGGGGGUGACCCCCCUAAUUUUGGCACAGUUGAGCUAAAUAUCAAAGUUAUAGAUUCUAAUGACAAUAACCCCGUUUUCGAAGAGCCUGUCUUCACUGUAGACGUGCUGGAAAACUCUCCCAUUAACACUAUAGUGAUCGACUUGAAUGCAACAGAUCCAGACGAAGGAACAAAUGGGGAGGUGGUGUACUCAUUUAACAGUUAUGUGUCUGAGAAAACUAGAGAUGUUUUCAAGAUUGACCCCAGAAGUGGCGUGAUCACGGUCAGUGGGAUGUUGGACUUUGAAGACACGCAAGUUUAUGAGAUUGAUGUUCAAGCCAAAGAUCUGGGUCCAAACUCCAUCCCUGCACACUGCAAAGUGACUGUCAAGGUUCAGGAUGCAAACGAUAAUGUUCCAGUAAUUAAUUUACUGUCUGUGAACAGUGAAAUGGUGGAAGUAAGUGAGAAUGCUCCUCUGGGGUAUGUUAUAGCCUUGGUUAGGGUCUCUGAUAGAGACUCGGGGUCCAAUGGACGAGUGCAAUGCAGGCUGUUGGGCAACGUUCCUUUCAGGCUGCAGGAAUAUGAAAGUUUUUCCACCAUUUUAGUUGACGGGAGGCUAGACAGAGAGCAGAGGGAUACUUACAACUUGACCAUCUUAGCCAAAGACAAUGGCAUCCCUUCUCUACAAAACACCAAAUCAUUUAUUGUGAAAGUCACCGACGAGAACGAUAACCACCCCCACUUUUCCAAGCCAUAUUAUCAAGUGAUUGUGCAAGAAAACAACACGCCAGGCGCUUACCUGUUGUCGGUUUCAGCCAGGGACCCAGACCUGGGAUCAAACGGCAGUGUUUCUUACCAGAUCCUGCAAUCUCAAGUCAGAGACAUGGCAGUUUUUACCUAUGUGUCUAUAAACCCAACGGGUGACAUCUAUGCUCUGAGAUCUUUCAACCAUGAACAGACUCGGUCCUUUGAAUUCAAGGUUUUGGCCAAAGAUGGGGGUAACCCAUCCCUCACCAGCAACGCCACUGUACGCGUUAUAGUAUUAGAUGUAAAUGAUAACACACCAGUCAUAAGCGCACCACCUUUGAUAAAUGGAACUGCUGAGGUGUAUAUCCCGAGAAAUGCAGGUGUGGGCUACCUGGUGACUGUAGUAAAAGCCGAUGACUAUGACGAGGGCGAAAAUGGAAGACUAUCAUAUUCUAUUUCCGAAGGGGACAGGGGUUUCUUUGAGAUCGACCAGGUCAACGGAGAGGUCCGGACCACUAGGACCUUUGGAGAGAACGCAAAGACUGCCUAUGAGUUGAUUGUGGUUGCCCACGACCAUGGCAAGACGUCUCUGAGUGCCUCAGCCUUGAUCCUGAUCUAUCUCUCACCGGCGCUGGAUGCGCAGGAGUCUAUAGGACCAGUAAACCUGUCCCUGAUCUUCAUCAUUGCUCUGGGCUCCAUUGCUGCUAUUCUGUUUGUCACUAUGAUCUUUGUGGCAGUCAAGUGCAAAAGGGACAACAAGGAAAUCAGGACUUACAACUGCAGUUGUGUCUUUCUGCGCAGGGUGGCGGAGUACUCGUACGGCAGCCAGAAGAAAUCCAACAAGAAGAAGAAGAUCAGCAAGAACGACAUCCGGCUGGUCCCGCGCGACGUGGAGGAGACGGACAAGAUGAACGUGGUGAGUUGCUCCUCGCUGACCUCCUCGCUCAACUACUUCGACUACCACCAGCAGACCCUGCCGCUGGGGUGCCGGCGCACGGAAAGCACCUUCCUCAACGUGGAGAACCAGAAUUCUCGCAACGCUGCCCCCAACCACGGCUAUCAUCAAACCUUCACCAGCCAGGGCCCACAGCAGCAGCCUGACCUCAUCAUCAACGGCAUGCCACUGCCAGAGACUGAAAACUAUUCCAUUGAUUCCAGUUAUGUGAACAGCAGGGCUCAUCUCAUUAAAAGCACUUCAACGUUCAAGGACUUGGAAGGUAACAGUCUCAAAGACAGUGGUCAUGAAGAGAGCGACCAAACUGACAGCGAACACGAUGUCCAGAGAGGGCUGUACGCUGACACGGCCGUCAACGAUGUACUAAAUAUGAGUGUGCCCUCCACUGGCUCUCAGCUCCCUGACCAAGAUCCAAAUGAGACCUUUCACUGCCGGGAGGAAUGCCGGAUACUUGGGCACUCAGACCGCUGCUGGAUGCCACGAGUCGGAGUACCAGCCCGAGCCAAAUCUCCGGAGCAUGGCCGCAACAUCAUUGCUCUAUCCAUAGAGGCCACCACUGUGGACGUCCAGCCCUAUGAGGACUGCGGCACCAAAAGGACUUUUGCCACCUUCGGCAAGGACGGCUCUGAGCAUGGGCAGGAUCUGGAGAGGGGUGAGAUGAAAGUGAAAAGGACAGUUGAUGUACCCAUUUGCAGCCCCAAGGCCAACGGAGCGAUCCGUGAGGCCGGGAACGGGCGAGAGGAUGUGAGCCCCCUCACAUCCCCCGUGCACUUAAAGAGCCCCCUCUGCUCCAAGCCCCCAGCCUCUUACAACACUCUGCACCGCCGCGACGCUGAGAGAAUCGCCAACCACAGCCUGCUGCGACAGCCCGAGGGGAAGGACAGCGAGCCAUCGGUCAGGGAAAUCAACCAACUCCUUCACGACAAUAGAGACAAAGACUCACCAGGCGGGAAGCGGCUCAAAGAUAUUGUUCUCUAAGAAGUGGAGGAAAUAAAAGGUUCAAAACAAAUUAAACACAAUUUGCAGCGCACAUAAGGGUAUCUGCUUAUUUCCUGAAAGGAUUAAGCUUGGCUGGAAAGCAGGGGUGUCUUGGACUGAGGUCCGUUGUGGAUUUGUGUUCUAGCUGUUUUUUCAUUUACCGUCCUAGCAGAGGGAACUGUAGGGGUGCUGUUUACCGUGUAACUUGCCAAAUCCUUCCCCUUUGAUUCACCGGAGAGGGAGCAAACCAUCUAAAAAGUUUACUCCUGUAAAAAUGGACACAAAUAGAAUCACGCCUUUUUUCUUAUUUUUACUACCAUAAUAUUGUACUUUCAUUCUCUGCAGUCCUGUGCUGUGCGGAAAUAAAUAUUUGUGUGUGUGUGUGUGUUUUUUUUUUGUUUUCUUUUGUUUUUUUAAGAAGUCACCAGUGGCUAUAGUGCUUUUAUAUUAUAUAAAAAAAAAGAAACCUAGCCUUUACCCGAAGUUUCCCUUUGUAUGAUAACAGAACUUCUCCCUUGAUGUUUCCCUCAAGAUGAUACUCCCUCCUUCCUCACAGUGAAGAAGCUGUGUGGAUGGCCUUUGUUUUUCACACUGAUGGAGCUGAACUCUUAACAGUCAGUUGUGGACAUCUGUAGCCUGGGAAAUUGAUCUGUUUACCACCUUGAAGGAAAAGAAAUGACUCAAUGACUCAAGUCUCCUGUCUCUGUAAGGGGCUUGGGGUGGGAAAGGGAGAUGUAUUGGGGUACAGUUUGUUAAUACUUGGGCCCUAACUUCAUUUAAACUGGGCUGUGGGACUUGGUAUAGAAAUGAUCAUCACUCACACAUCUUGCUGUACGUAAAGCUCUGUAUAGAUUUUUUUUUUCAAUAACCAGUUGUUUUGUGACAAUCCCUUUAAUGUUUCCAAGUUUAAAGAAUAAACAACAGGGGUGUUCAACUGAAGCAAAAUUAGUGUUUUGCUACACAAACACACACACAUAAAAAAAAAAAAAAAAGUGAAAAGUAUAUGCCAAAAUAUAUUUUAUAAAUAAUUUAAAAAAUCUAUUAUGAGAAAUGUAAUGCUGUAUAGUUAUUUUAUUAGUAAGUUAUACUUGAAUUAACAGGCUUUUUAUUUUGUUUGUUGUUGUUUUUUUUUUUUCAUUUGCAAAAAGAACAUGGACUCUUGUUUGAAAUGUUACCCCUGGCAACUGUUGUUUUGCAGUCUACCUUGUUGUAAAAAAAGUUUCUUACUGGUCGAUUUCUUGUGCCAUCAAGUUUGUGAGCUGUGUGGGUAAAUACGAUACAAAGUUCAAUACCUGGUACGCCUAUUAAAUUAGCUUGGAUAAAAAUGGAACACAAACCAAAAAUGGAAAAAUGAGGGGAGAGUAAUUAAUCUUAAUAUUUAAGUAAAAAAAUCUAGCUUUGUGAGCUGGGAAGACAGUCUAUACAUUUCUGCUACUCUGUGUAUGUAAACCAAGGUUUAUAUCUGUGUCGAGAAUGCAUAGUCUUUUUGAUCUAGUAUGGUGAGUUUGCAAGGAGAGGUAGAGGGACCCAUUUGGGAGGCUGUGGGAAACCAAAUUGGAAAUGAAAUAUCCCACAGCUAGUACUGUAAAUGGAGCUGAAGUGGGAGUGGGCUGUAUACCAGCAGCUCCUCUUCCCAUCUCUGAUGUGGUUAACCAGACAAAGGUGUUGUUUCUGUGGAAAAAACAAAAAUGCUGAAACAAAGACAGAACAAAACAUACAAGAAUUGAGGCUAUAUGUACUGGAUUAUUUGAAUUAGGAAACUGAUUUAUAAAAAAAAAAAAAAAAAGGUACCAAUCAGUGGGUUUUCAGUUGCUUUGCAAUUUAAAACACAUUAAAAUAUGCACAGAAACAUUAGAAUUGAAAUGAAACAGGGCUCAAACCUAAAUGUUUACAGGUCUCACCAACAGCUUGUGGCAACAGGAACAUCAGGAUAAAAUAACUACUGAAUGUAUACAGCCGCUUAUUAUUAAACUAUUAAAUGUUCUCCA